ACCGAUUGGUGAUUUAGACGUGAAUCGAGGAGAGUAAAUAGAUCUUUGCUUUUAUCAUAAUCACAAGUGUGAUUAUGUAUGUAUAUGUAUGAUUGUAAAUAGCCACACGGGAGACACGGGAGACACUUAGACUAUGAUCACCUAUUUAUUCUGAUCUGAAAGUCUUGUGACUUGACUAAAAUUUAUUUACAUAUACGACAAGUGUGGUCAGGAUAUCUAUAGUUAGCCCUAGGACUUAAGGAUAGGAGCUGGUUUGGCUUGAAGCCUUGGAAAUCCAUGUAAUGGAUCUUAACCAGUGAUUCUUUUUUAUCAUGGCAAAAUUUGGAGGAAGAAGGGGACUAUUGAUCUUGUUGGGAGUUGCACUAUCUUUUUCAACUGUGCUAGCCCAGUUCGAUUGUUCCUUCGAUGUUGAUCUAUGUAGCUGGACCCAAGAUGACGAGGACUAUACGGACUGGCAGGUAGGGACUGGUCCAACGACUACACCUGAUACUGGGCCCUCGGGCGAUCAUACAUCAGGAGAUGGGAAAUAUCUCUAUGUUGAGACCAACGAUCCGUUUAUAAAGUCUCAAUCAGUCCGUCUUAUCAGUCCUCCUGACCAGGUCCAGGCAGGCGGGACCAAAUGCUUUCAAUUCUAUUACCACAUGUAUGGAUCAACUACGGGUGAUCUUAGGGUUUAUGUAGCCAGAGCUUCGGCAGACUUACCGAUAGGAAAUGAGACUUGGGUACGGUCUGGGGAUCAAGGGAAUCAGUGGAAUUUGGGACAAAUCGACAUCACGAGACCAGAUUCAGAUCCAUUUGACGUAACAAUAGAAGCUUAUAUCACAGGAACCUAUUAUGGUGACACAGCAAUUGAUGACGUCAGCAUAUCAGCAGGUUUCUGCCCCGGAAUUGUGGUGACUCCAGCACCUUCUGCUAUCCCAUCCUUAUCUGAAUGUGACUUUGAGAACCCUGAUAUAUGUGGGUACUGGCAAGAGAAUGUAACAGAUGACUUGGAUUGGUAUCGAAACAGAGGACCAACAGGUUCUAAUACGGGACCAUCUAAUGACAACACAUACGGAACAGAUUCAGGGCAUUACAUGUACAUAGAAUCAUCAUCCAGAGAUGGCGACACCGCACAACUCUGGUCCACUCCAUUUUCUGCGCAGGGUGGUCAUUGCAUCGAAUUCUUUCAUCAUAUGUGGGGUGAAAACAUGGGUACGUUGAAUGUCUACGCGCUCCAAACCGGAAGUGACGUCAAUAGCUCUGUGCCUAUUUGGUCAAGAUCAGGUGAUCAGGGAAAUGACUGGAACAUGGCCAGAGCAGAUGCUUCGGGUAUUGUUGGAGAUUUCCAGAUAGUUUUUGAAGGCAUCAUCGGCGAAGACACAUCGGACAUAGCUAUUGAUGAUGUGAUCGUAUCUGAGAAUACGUGUCAAGAACAAGGUGAUUGUACAUUUGAGAGUGAUAUGUGUACAUGGACCAAUGAAGAUGAUACUGAUGAUUUUGACUGGAUCAGACAGCAAGGAGAUACAACAUUAGGGCCAACUUUUGAUCAUACACUCGGCAGUGCUGCAGGUCACUAUAUCUUCAUGAAUGCUGACGGACAAUCCCCUGGCAAGACUACGCGAUUAUCAUCUAACAUGUACCCAAGACACCUUGGAACACGACGUUGCAUUACUUUCUGGUACUUCCUGGAAGGGGUCAAUGUUGGGUCACUUCUGGUCACUCAGAUGACCAAUGAAAAUGGUGAUAUUGACCGCUGGUUGGUUGGUAGUACCCAAGGAUCACAGUGGAAUUAUGGUCAAGUGGCUGUUUCUCAGGACAAGGAUUACUGGGUGAUAUUCGAAGGCAAGGUAGGAUCCUCUUCUGUUGGGAAUCUUGCAGUGGAUGACAUCGCUAUUAGAGAUAAUGGAUGCCGAGUGAUACCACAUGGUGCAGAGGUUGGUCCGCCGCUACCCUCCACUGUGGCGCCGCCCACCACUGCGCCCCCAAUCACUAUCCCGGCUGGUCCAGCUAAUUGUGACUUUGAGGGAGGGAUGUGCGAUUACACACAUGACAGUAAUGGAGACUUUGAGUGGAGCAGGAGGAGGGGGGUUACUGACACCCCAGACACCGGUCCUGAUACCGACCAUACACACCAAGGUGCAAUAGUUAAUGCUGGUUGGUACAUGUAUACGGAGAGUGACUUCCGAACCAAUGGAGAUACGGCUCGACUGAUCAGCGAUGAGUUCACAGCUGUUAAUGAUUCAUGCUUUACAUUUUGGUAUCAUAUGUAUGGGAGUGAUAUUGGAACACUCAAUGUGACGACAUCAGAUGCUAGAUUUACCUGGACCAGGACUGGAUCACAGGGGAAUAAAUGGCUGCCUGUUAAAAUGAAUAUCGACACCGCUAUACAGCCUACAACGUUGAUAUUUGAAGGAGUAAUGACAGGUGGAGUAAGGGGAGAUAUAGCUAUUGAUGAUAUACAAGUUGAUGACAGUGCUUGUAAUGCAGAAUACUUUUGUGAUUUUGAGACUGGGCUUGAUGGUUGUGGCUUUCUUCAGCAUGAACUAUAUGAUGAUUUUGAUUGGUCGGUUGGGUUUGGGGAAACCCCUACUCGUCUAACUGGGCCAUACAUUGACCAUACAACUGGCACAAUGACAGGAUACUAUGCAUUCAUAGAAGCAGACAACCAGCAACCUGGCUCUAGGGCAUGGCUAAUUACUCAUAAAUACCCUGGAAAGGGAGUACAUUGUGUAAACUUCUACUAUUACUUGUAUGGGGAUGAUAUAGGCACACUCAGCUUGUUCUAUAUAAAGGAGAAUGGGGCAUUCUCAAUGACGCUCUUUUCAAUGACAGGAGAGAUUGGUAAGGUCUGGAAUAUUGCACGCGUUCCUAUUGACCUGUCAGAAGACUUUCAGCUAGUCUUCUCGGCCAGUGUGGGCGAUGGUAACCUAGGUGAUAUUGCUCUGGACGAUAUCGAACUCAAACAAGAAGCCUGCCCUCAUCCCGGCAAUAUAGAUUUUGAGAAUGGCUUUGAAUCUUGGAGCAAUGAUCCUUACUUACUCCUGGGCCAAGGUAGUACUCCAACCUUCUCUACAGGACCAACAACAGAUCAUACACUUGGUACUUCUGAAGGUACCUUCGCUUAUGUUGAAUCUACCAACACAGCUCCAGGAGAGAUAACUCGCUUGAGAAGCCCUCCCCUUCCACCUACCCCCUCCGAUGGUCAUUGUAUGAGCUUCUGGUAUAAUAUGAACGGUGCAGAUAUCGGUGUGUUGAGGGUACAGCUAGAGACCGUGGAUCUCAGCGCGAAUAUGACUCUGUGGGACUUUGGAGCAAACGUUGGUGAUGUUUGGAAUCCUGGUCAGGUUCCUAUUAUCAUGGAUAGUUCAAAUUACUGGAUUGUAUUUGAGAUGCUGAAAGGUGGAGGAGACGAAGGAGAUACUGCUAUAGAUGAUAUCACGUUCUCUGAAGUUAUAUGCGGAAUUUCUCCACCUUAUGCCGAUCCGGAUAGUAAAACAACAACACCACGCCCCACCACGGUUCCUUCAACUACACCUGGAAUCAAAUAUGGUUGUAAUUUUGACAUUGACUGGUGUGAUUUUGCCCAGUCUACUACUGAUGAUUUCCAGUGGUCUCGUACAAACUUGUUAACACCAACACCAAGCACAGGUCCAGAGACUGAUCAUUCACAAGGAGAUGGUAAGUACCUUUUUGCAUUGGUUGGUAAAAAAAAUGUUUGUUUGCCAGCCAACUGACUGCUGUCAAACAAAUUCAAAUUCAAUUCGGUUUUAUUAAACAAUACUCAUCAAAAAGUCCGAAGACUAACAAUGUGAGUUUACAUUAAAAAAAAAAUACAUAACAGAGAAAUAAAUAAAUACAUAGCAUGCAGUGACCAU